UCUGUGACAGAGAUGGACAGAAAGGUUUGUGUUAGUAUUCUGUUAGCCAUGCUAGCAACAGCUGCCCUCUGUAGGCCAAUGACAGAACUGCAAUCAGCAAGGUUUGGACCACAAAAGAAGAACCCUUUUCCUUCUGAAGUCAGCAGACGGGACCUCCUAGCAUCAUUGUCCCAUGAACAGAAGCAGCUAAUGAUGUCACAACUUCUCCCUCAGCUAUUUGCAGAAAUCUCCAAUGCUGAAGGUCACCUUCAGCCCAUGCAUGACCGGGACUACGCUGGAUGGAUGGACUUUGGCCGCAGGAGUUCAGAAGACCAGAUCUCAGAUUCUUAA